CGGCCUUAUCUUUUUAUAUCUACGACUUUAUAUCGAAAACCUCUUUACUUUACUUUAAGUUAAUACUUUACGUUCGAACAAGUAACAAAAAUGGUGGAUCAAACUGGAGCCACUGGAGCAACUGGAGCAACUACAUUGCGGACAGCGUUUCCGUGUAAUACUUGCUCACUUUCUUUUGAGAGUAGUAAAUUGCAGAGAAGUCACAUGAGAGGCGCGUGGCAUAUCCACAACCUGCAACGCAAAAUUUCAAGCCAACCAGCCCUAUCCGAAUCCGAAUUCGCAGACUUUGAAAACGAGAACAAUAGCACUGGCAAAAGGAAAAAUAUCAGACACACCAGCACCAGUCCCGACACAAGUCAUCAAGGCUCAAGACCAGAAUCACCCACCACAUCCUCCUCCCCCGAUCCUCAGAGUUCCACGCCAAAAUUAGACCUAUCAACCUGCCUCUUCUGUCCCCACACCUCCCCAACCCUCUCCACAAACCUAUCCCACAUGUCCAGCACGCACUCAUUCUUCCUUCCUUCCUCCCCCUCACACACUUCCUCAAUCGAACCCCUCCUUUCCUACCUCUCCCUCCUCAUACACACCUACCACGAAUGCAUAUUCUGUGCGCGUGAAAAAGGUAGUGUGAAGAGUGUGCAGAGUCAUAUGCGGGAUAGGGGGCAUUGUAAGGUUGAGGGGGGGUUGUGGGAUGAGUUUUUUGAUGGAGAGGAAGAGGAGGAAGAGAAGGGAGGUGAGGAAGAAGAAGGGGAGGGAGAAAGGAUGAGGCGGUUAGAAGAUGUGGGCAAGACGGCGAAGAAGAAGAAGAGUGGGAAGCAUGUGGCGCGUCGUCGAUCUUUGCAACAGCGGGAAGAGGAAGAUGCUGCUGUGUCGCGUGCGGAACAAGUAUCAUCGCCGGUGAUUUCGUCCUCCCGCUCCGAGAUAUCUUCAGGUUCGCUUCUCCCGCCUACACCUGCACCGCCGAUAACCGGGCGCAACACCGAACUCAGCUUAUCUGGGUUAUCGACUGCGCAACUCGUUAGUCUGGCGACGCUGGACAGGAAGAUGCGGCGGCAGCAAGUUGUUGCGCAAAAGAAAGUGAGUCAGCGGGCGUUGGGUCAACCGGUGAAGGCGAUAUAUUACAAGACGGAGAAUCCAGUAUAUCAGGCUGGAUAA